AUGUUUGGUUUAGCCGUAUGUUAUGGAAAUGGAGAAGGAAUAGAAAAGAAUUUAGAAAAAGCCUUUUAUUGGUAUCAAAAAUCAGCAGAAAAUGGUUAUGAAAAUGCAAUGUUUAGUUUAGCCGUAUGUUAUGAAGAUGGAGAAGGAACAGAAAAGAAUUUAGGAAAAGCCUUUUAUUGGUAUCAAAAAGCAGCAGAAAAUAGUAAUAAAAAAGCAAUGUAUUAUUUAGCCAUAUAUUAUAAUAAUGGAGAAGGAACAGAAAAGAAUUUAGAAAAAGCAUUUUAUUGGUUUCAAAAAUCAGCAGAAAAUGGUGAUGAAAAUGCAAUGUAUUAUUUAGGCAUAUGUUACGAAAAUGGAGAAGCAACAGAAAAAAACUUAGAAAAAACCUUUUAUUGGUAUCAAAAAGCAGUAGAAAAUGGUGUUAAAGAAGCAAUAAAUAAUUUAGCCGUAUGCUAUAAAAAUGGAAAAGGAACAGAAAAGAAUUUAGAAAAAGCAUUUUAUUGGUAUCAAGAAGCAGCAGAAAUUGGUGUUAAAGAAGCAAUGUUUAAUUUAGGUAUAUGUUAUGAAAAUGGAGAAGGAACAGAAAAGAAUUUAGAAAAAGCAUUUUAUUGGUAUCAAAAAGCAACAGAAGAUGAUAAUGAAAAUGCAAUGUUUAAUUUAGGCAUAUGCUAUAAAAAUGGUGAAGGAACAGAAAAGAAUUUAGAAAAAGCUUUUUAUUGGUAUCAAAAAGCAGCAGAAAAUAGUGUUAAAGAAGCAAUGCUUAAUUUAGCUGUAUGUUAUUCUAAUGGAGAAGGAACAGAAAAGAACUUAGAAAAAGCUUUUUAUUGGUAUCAAAAAGCAGCAGAAAAUGGUAUUAAAGAAGCAAUGUUUAAUUUAGGCAUAUGUUAUAAAAAUGGAAAAGGAACAGUAAAGAACUUAGAAAAAUUCUCUUAUUGGUUUCAAAAAGCAGCAGAAAAUGGUUAUGAAAAUGCAAUGUUUAAUUUAGCCAUACGUUAUAAUAAUGGUGAAGGAACAGAAAAGAAUUUAGAAAAAUCCUUUUAUUGGUACCAAAAAGCAGCAGAAUUUGGUGUUAAAGAAGCAAUGUUUGAUUUAGCCAUAUGCUAUAAAGAUGGACAAGGAACAGAAAAGAAUUUAGAAAGAGCCUUUUAUUGGUAUCAAAAAGCAGCAGAAAAUGGGGAUGAAAAUGCAAUGUUUAGUUUAGCCAUAUGCUAUAAAGAUGGACAAGGAACAGGAAAUAAUUUAGAAAGAGCCUUUUAUUGGCAUCAAAAAGCAGUAGAAAGUAACAAAAUGAACCCUAAAAAUGGUGUUGAAUUAUGUGAUAAAUGCAAGCAACCAUAUACUGAUUACCAGUGGUGCCAACAAUGUAAUACUAAACAAUUUCAACAAGAUUUUUCAAAGUGGUCUAGUGAAAAUGAAUUUAUUGAUAAAUUUAUUCAAGAAGCACAAAUAAAUGCUAAAAACAGCUACGAAAUUUUAGAGUGGAUACCUUAUAAUAAAUUGUCAAAUGUCAAUUAUUUUGAUAAAGGAGGAUUUAGCGAAAUUUAUAAAGCUAUCUGGCUAGAUGGACCUAUUUAUAGUUGGAAUUUUGACAAGCAACAAUGGAAUAGGCAAAUAGGUUAUGAGGUCAUUCUUAAAUCACUUAAUAAUUCAUCAAGUUUAAAUACUAAAUUUUUGGAUGAGUGGAAAUAUCAUUAUAAUUGUCAGAAAAAAUCAUUUUCAAAAUUUAUUCAAUUCUUUGGAAUUACCCAAGAUCCAAAUAAUUUAAAUUAUAUAAUAGUAAUGAGUUAUGCAAAAAAAGGAAGUUUGAGAAAAUGUUUAUCUGAUAUAGUUAAAUUUAAGUGGCAAGACAAGUUAAAAUUAUUGAAAAAAAUUAUAUUAGGACUUAAAGUAAUUCAUGAAUCAAAUUUAACUCAUGGUGAUUUUCAUGAUGGUAAUAUUUUAAUGUCAGAUAAUUACAAUGAGUUAUUUAUUAUUGAUUUAGGAUUAUGUAAACCUAUAAGUGAUUCACAAGAUUCUGAUAAUAUAAAAGUUAAUGAAAUUUAUGGAGUUUUACCUUAUAUGGCGCCUGAAAUAUUAAGAAAAAAACCCUAUACUCCAGCAAGUGAUAUUUAUAGUUUUUCAAUGAUAAUAUGGGAGUUUACAUCGGGUAUUCCUCCAUUUAAUCAUGAAGCACAUGAUCAUCACCUUAGCUUGAGUAUUUGUAGAGGGGAACGUCCUGAAAUUAUAAAAAAUACUCCAAAAUGUUAUAUAGAUUUAAUGAAAAAAUGUUGGGAUUCAAAUCCUUCCAAUAGACCAACCAUAAUAAUGCUUGAAAGUAUUAUAACUGAAUGGAUUAGAUCUAUUAGUGAAUAUUAUAGAAUAAAUAGGGAUGGAAAUUAUAAGUAUGAAGUAUUUAACAUUGAUAAUCAAUUAAAAAAUGAUAUGUUGGAAUUUGUAGAAGCGAACAAAGCUUUAGUACAGGAACAAACAAAAGCUUAUAUUACACAAAAUCAUUCACAAGCAUAUUAUACAAGUCGCAACUUACUGAAAUUUUAG